CGCGUGCGUCCGCCCUUGCGUACGUGCGCGUGUGUGUUUGGUUUCCUUCUCUUCCUGGUUCCGUUGCUGUGUUGUUGUCUCAGACCUGAGACUCUUUUCUGUGUUUCUGUCCGUGAGUUUAGACCGUGAGGACGUCGCCAUGUUGAGAAACUAGCAGCCGGACCUUUCGACCACUAACUAAGUUAGUUAGUGCUAGCUAACCUCGGUCAGUUAGCCACCUGCUAGCUGUCCGUAUUAUUACAGGUAUGUUUGCGUCCUGCUGUAACUGGCUGUGCAUGGACUCAGGUGAGGUGGGGGGACAGUCUGCAGCGGAGAGACGCCAUCAGUCCUACACCAACUCUGGCUUCAACAGCCAGCCGUCUCCGUCAGGGUCUCCGUCUGAACCGUCCUGUAAGGCGUGCGGGGGCCGCCUGGACACCCCGGCUACCAAGCAUGUGUGUGUGGACUGUAAGAAGGACUACUGCAGCCUCUGCUCGGCCCAGCUGGAGCUCCGCCCCCGGCUUUGUCACACCUGCCAGCGUUUCUACGGCAACCUGCUGGAGCGGGCCGAGCUGAUGAAGCUGAAGGUGAAGGAGCUCCGGGACUACCUGCACCUCCACGAGGUCUCCACACACCUCUGUAGAGAGAAGGAGGAGCUGGUGGAGCUGGUCCUGGGUCAGCAGUCUUCUCCGUCCAGUGACUCCGCCCCCGAGACCCUGACCCCCCUGGACCCCCCCACUGUGACCCCUCCCAUCUUCACCUUGACCCCUGACCCCCCCGCCCUGACCCCUGACCCCCCCGCCCCACCCACAGACCCACCUGUCGCCCUGCCUGAAGCCCCGCCCACAGAGACCCUAACCCAGCCUGACGAUCAGGAGGAAGACCAGGUGUCUGACCCCGAGGACGCCCCGGUGUCGGGCCGCCGGGCCUCCCUGUCUGACCUCAGCGGGCUGCAGGACAUCGAGGCGCUGAGCGUGCGCCAGCUGAAGGAGAUCCUGGCCAGGAACUUCGUCAACUACAAGGGCUGCUGUGAGAAGUGGGAGCUGAUGGAGAGGGUGAGACGGCUGUACCAGGACCAGCAGAACCUCAGGGCGGCCAACGCUGUGAACACUGCAGAGUCUGGUGCUGAGGGUUCUGCGGGCCUGGAGGAGAACCUGUGUAAGAUCUGCAUGGACUCGCCCAUCGACUGCGUGCUGCUGGAGUGUGGUCACAUGAUCACCUGCACCAAGUGCGGCAAGAGGAUGAGCGAGUGUCCCAUCUGCCGCCAGUACGUGGUCCGGGCCGUCCACGUCUUCCGGUCCUGAGCCCCCCGACCCCCCCCCCCCAGGGCCCAAACGAACCUCCUGAAGGGACCUUCUUGGGACAGAGAUGCUUUUAUUUUGGUAACCCUAUUUUUCUAGUGUACAUAAGAAGAAGAAGAAGAAGAAGAAUGUAAGAAGUGACCUUAAUGUGAAGCUGCUGCUUGAACACUGAACGUACAGCAGCUGAGUGACGUCUCUGAUUUACGAACUUUAACCUUUAAACUCAUGGAGCAGGAACCCGUCUGUGCCUUCAGCCGCUCGCCUCUCGCCUCCUACCAAAGAAAAACGCUCCGACGAGGGUCCAGCGGCAGUCGUCUUUAACUUCCUGUGAAACGCAGACUCUUACUUCAGCCUCUACUUUGUUUACAGUCUGCAGUGACUUCACACUUUACAAAAAUAACUCACAACCUCUAAAACCCACUUCAGCCUUUCUUCUACUUCAGCUUCAGCCCAGCAGCCAAUCAGCAGGCUAGUAGCCUUUUGACCUCCACUUGAACUAAGUCCCGCCCCCCCCAG